CAUCUGCAGGACAUUACCAACACGUUCCGUCGCAAUCAAUCUGGAAAACAUUGAAGCGCACUGCAAUGGGUAGAUUCAUCGAUGGAAGAAAGGAUCUUCUACGGCAGUUGUAAAUCAACUGUUGAUGCGUUCGGAUCAGUCUUGCCAAGUGCACCCUUUAAUCAAAUUCAAGCACAACGAUGUGUGCCAUCUAUCAUAAGAACUGAACCGCCCAAAAACAAAUAUGAUGCCACCGACAACCGCAAGCAGACAACCGCGGAUCCCUUCGAUGCUUUCGCUGACGGGCGGAACAGGUGGCAUCGGCGGUGGUUUGCCAUCAUCGUGUGCGGUCCGACGCCAAUCAUGUGUUGCGAAUUUGCCCUCGCCUUCGGUUCACGUGCCGUCGAUUUCAGCUCGACUGAACACCGGGUUCGGUCCGUCGCGUACGGAAGGAAUGGGUCGUUACGGAAACCGCGUGGUGGCGAUGCAGCAAAACGGUGGCUCCGGCGUACGGCACUGCGAGUUGGAAGCGGACGUUUGUGAUGUUUUGGCGCCAUCGGUGGAUAACUUGAAUGGGGCCGCUAACGAGGUGAGAAAUAACGACGAUGGUGACCGUGACGGUGUGAAAACGACACUUAAAGCUGCAGGGCCUUUGGGUUUGGUUAAAAGGAUUUGUUCCGAUGGAGUGCUUUCGAUGACGUCAUUUGGAUCGGGAUCUAGCGAAGGAGCCUCUGAGAACUACUGGAUGCUGAUGAUUACACCAGUUGUAAGCAGCUUUUCGGUCGCACUGGUGAUUGCAGCAGUGGCUGGACCACAGUGGCUGUUCACCGAGGAAAAGCUCAGCAACCGUGGCUACAAUGGCACCAUGAACUAUAAUGUUAAAGAUGACGGAAUCUAUCUAACCAAGUACACCAAAGCUUCCCUGUGGACGCUAUGCAGUAAGAUGGGAGGCGCCACUUUGGGUCAGACCGAGUUCCAGUGCACCAACAUCGACUACUUUCCCCAGGAAGAUUACAAUCCGGAUCCGCUGGAUUCUACGAAUGCCAUUCCAUAUACCGUUACUCAUUCGUCGCCUUUCUUCCUGGUAUCGAACGUGGUUCUGGUCAUCAGCUAUGUGUUGUUCCUGCUAGCCAUGUGCUCAUCCGGUCAUAAAAUUUGUUACUUCGUAUCCGGAGUGCUAUUUAUAAUAUCAGGACUUCUGAUGCUGAUUGGACUGAUAAUGUUCAUCUCCAUUCUCAAAGCGGAAAUCGGAUACAAAUUACGUCCCCGGUCAUCUCUGCAAGCACCGCUCUUCACAUUUCGCUACGGCCAAAGUUUUCUUCUAUACGUGUUUGGUUUUAUCAUCACGGAGCUGUCCGGAAUAUUUAACGUUCUAAUCUAUUCAAACCUGCACCAAGCACAGCUCAAUCGAUCGCAAAUCUAUCCCACCUACCAAAACCUGAGCGCCAACUACUACAGUAUGACUCCUACGAUGGAUUCGGCAAAGCCUUUAUCAAAUUCGGUCGAUUACGGAAUGUCCAACGGGGCACGACCGCGAUUCUACAUCGAGAAUAUCGAUGACUGCGCCGUACAUCGAUACCAUCGCGAUCGUAAAAAUUUGGUGAAAAGCUUGAACGAACUCUACACGGAACCGGCGCCCGAAAUGAGGAGUACUGCCACCGCAACUUCACCACCUGCGGCGGUGGACAUCUCUGCAACUUCCCAAAUUGAAAUAGCCGUCGAUUCGGGUAAGCUCACAAGAAGUAUUUCUACCACGACCGACAUUUUGUUGAUGGAUGAUCCGAAGAGUGAGAACGAUAAGAGUGAGGAGAACUUGAAGAACAUAUGUGGCAUAUCCAAGCAGUAUCUGACAAGAGAACUUUCCAAGGAGAAAUUGUUCAACGAGUUCUGCAAAAAGGUGGGACCGAGACCGAAGCCAAAGAACAUCUACUACAUAGAAGACAAUGCAAAGGAUCGUGAUGAUUCUCAGAACGUAUUCGUCAUUGAGGGGAACAACAGCGAUGAUGACAAAUUCAAGCGUAGAAGGAGCAAUUCGAUGAUGGUUGGAGCAGGGAGCGUAGAUGCAUUGGAGAGACGCCAGAGGAUAAGGUCGGAUAAUUCGUUGGACCAGAUGUACGUUGGGGAAGGAUUGCACGAUGGGUACCCAAGGUUAAACUACGACAUGAGACAGACAUUACCGAGGAAUUUUAUGAAGAAACAUCAUUCAACGGCACAGCAUACAAUUGUUGAUGACCGAGGCGGUUUCAAUAGUUUGGAUGAUUUGGUAGAUCACAACGGCUCGUGGAAUCGCAGAAUCUCCGCCAGUGGCAUUCUGGAACCUGUGAAGUGGAAUUCAUCGCAGAAUAACCUGGACACUUCCUCGCCAUACCAUCAUGGAUCGAAAUGGCCGAAGAUUAUCCCCAAAUCAACUAACGAUUUCACGACAUUGCAGCAACAAUAUCUACAUCAUCCACAAUCGCCAUCUUACGUGGAGUACAGCGUCAAAUCUCCCGCUACCCAAGGUCAUCACAGUAUAGGAGAUUUGAGUUCGUACCAACCACAACAGCCGCCGGCUCAAUAUGCAACAAUUCAACAUUCUAUCGUUCCACCCCCAUUCAAUUAUAUGACACCAGCAACGGCUCCUCCGGCGGUAUUUUCGGGAAAAUUUUCUCCCAUUUUUGAUUUGGAUAAAAUUGAACGAGAACGACGAAAAUCGCAUUCGCAGUUGUUUCUUAAUCAGGCACAAUACGAUUAUGUGAAUGGAACAGCUGUUUAAACUUUUUUGAUAUCUAUUUCAUGCAUAUCUUUGUACUGCCACUGCUGUUCCGACUCCCGUGAUGCGUCGUAUUAAAGUUUUUAUACAUCCAAAGGAAAGUUAACAAACAAGUGUUAUUUAACCUUAAGGCGCAAGUCCUAGUUUGCAUAUCAAUUAUUAACAAGGUAUGUGAGAUAUUUAACGUUGAACAGUGCCAUAACAAUAACAUAACAGUCGUCGAAAGCGUCAAUACGUGUGUUGUGAUUUCCGUAAGUAAUGUUGUGUUUAGGUGGAAUUAAAUAA